AUGUUGAAGGCUUCCCAAUCGGGCGAAGUGUCUGUCCCCACCGCGGAAAACGUGGCUCCGAAAUUCCCCCCGCGUUCCCGCUGGCGCGCGCUCCCGCCCCCUACAACUCCCACAACCGCCAGCAGCAGCAACAAACGACCACCACCACCAGCAUCCCUCCGAGAAUCCCUCCACCCCCACCGCAGCAACCGCGCCCUCCUCACCCCGUCGCCCCUCCGCUCCCUGCCCCGCGGACAUAGACUACUCCGUCUCCUCCUAGGCCCGCACCCCUUCCGCCGCGCCCAGCUCCGCCUCUGGAGUCUCCGACACGAGACGAUCCCUGCAUUCCGCCACCGCGCACAAGCCCGCGUCUACCGCGCGCUCGUCCAGCGGCAGACCAACAAGCUUUCACGCCAGCGUAAUAUCAAUCUCGGCAGUGGUGGUGGUGGACGCGGUGGAGUACUAGGGUAUCUGCUCGGGCGGGGGAGACGGUUGCGGUCGCUCGCUUAUCCCGGUGCCGGUAGUGGCGAGCGCGCAGGGCUGAGAGGUAUAGGUGUUAGGGCGCCAGCAGACACGCCAGCAGCGUCGACAAUGUCGCAGUACGAGUCGUGGGGUGCCAAUCGGGGCACCCGCCGGAAGAAGGUCUAUGAUUACCUCAAGGCUGCUAACGAGCUGCGCCAGACAUAUGCGGCGCAGUGGGCGGCGCAGCUUAAUGGUAGCCAGCAGCGGGAUUAUAAUGAUGAGAAUUAUGCUCGUGAUGCCCCGGGGGCGUUUCCGGAUGUUGAGAUCGCGCGCUCUGGGCUUGAGGAGAUGGUUAUUUUUCCGAGCUAUGGGCGGCGGAUUGUUAGGGGGGCUCAUUCUGGUGAGAAAGAGAAAGAGGUGGAGGUAAAGGAGGGGGAGGAAGGGUGGGGGGGAAGGAGGGGCUCAAAUGCUACGAUUGAUGAGUAUCGUGGUCUUUCGGAUGAGCCGGCUGCGGAGACGAGGAGUAAGGCUACGGGCUGGGAUGAUUAUGAGGAUAAGAAUGCCAUCGUUACGGUGGAUGUGCGCGGUUGGUUGUAUGCGCCUCAUCGCGGGCCGAUGACGCGGAAACAUCGUCUUAUGAUUGCCUUGGCGAGAAAGUUGAGUGGUGUGCCUGCUCCCGCGAGUAAUGCGAACGGUGGCGGUGGGGAUGAGCUGGGUGGGAGUAUGCAGCAGAAGACUGAUAGACGCGAGGCUGAGUUGGUUGAUACGGAGGCGCAGUCGAUCAUCAAGGGGGCGGAGGGUAGGGCGGACUCGGCGUGGAGGGAGAGCGCGUUGGGCGAGAGGGACGGUCAGGGAGUGCCUGGACGCCUGCCACAGCGGACGGGAACCUCGUCAAGCGUCGCUACUACAGCUACCACGCAGAUGACCAAGGAUGAGCUUUCGAUGGCCAACGCGCAUCUGAUGGAGCGACUGCGUCCUUUCCUCACGAACCCGGUCACGGACAUGCCCGUGACGGUGUUUUUCUUCGAUGAGACCAGGAGCCAGUCACGGAGUAUCAUGACCGAUGUCUCUGGUCACUUCAACAUGCGGGCAGCGCUGCCGUUCGUCCCGACCCAUAUCCGCGUCCUCGCCUCAGAGAGCCUCUCUGUGGUGAAGGAGGUCCAGAUCAUCGAGCCCUCCGGUGUCAGUCUGAUCAGUGAUAUCGACGACACGGUGAAACAUUCGGCUAUCGCGAGCGGCGCGAAGGAGAUCUUCCGGAAUACCUUUGUCCGUGAACUGGCCGAGCUGACGAUCGAAGGCGUAACGGACUGGUACAAUCAGCUGGCUAAAAUGGGUGUUGAGAUACAUUAUGUCUCCAACGCCCCGUGGCAGCUCUACCCUCUCUUGGAGCGGUACUUCAAACAGGUCGGGCUGCCUCCGGGGUCCAUGCAUCUCAAACAGUACAGUGGGAUGCUCCAGGGGAUCUUUGAGCCUACGGCGGAGCGGAAGAAGGGCAACCUCGAGCAGAUCUUGAGAGACUUCCCUUCGCGGAAGUUCAUACUGGUCGGUGAUAGCGGCGAGGCAGAUCUGGAGGUCUACACGGACAUCGUCCUGGCCAACCCAGGCAGGAUCCUGGGCAUCUUCAUCCGCGAUGUCACCACUCCCCUCAAGAGGGAAUUCUUCGAGAAGUCCGUGGACUAUCUGGAACAUAAGGCGUCCCGAAGCCGCAGCGAUCCGCAACUCGUCGAUGAAUCCGAUGCGGCGACUAACCGGCCGGCGCUCCCACCUCGCCGGCCUCUUGCGCAGGUUAACCCGUCUGCGGAUGCCAUCAGCCUGGACAAUGCGGAUCUGAUUGAUCUGCGAGAUGAUGACGAGCGGGACACCACGACCUCCUCCCUGUCUCCUGCCGGACGCACGGCCCCGGCCAAGCCGUCGAAGCCCUCAUCGUUGCGCUCAAACUCGACUAACCCCGACAUGUCUGUAGGGGACAUGAUCAAGCGCAAGCCUGUACCGCCACUGCCCCCGCGCCGAUCAUCUAUCAAGCCGGAGGUCUCGCCGGAUCGGAAUCUGGGCGCAGCCGAUCCCAGAAUCGACGGCAACUCUUCUGGAGGGCGUACAGUCCAGCAGCUACCUACGCGGCCCAAGACCGCCGGCAUGGAACAGGACCUUGGCGAUGCCAGGUCCACGCGCUCGAAGCAAGCCCCUCCACCCCCUCCGCCUCGCCGAGCCAACACGGCAGCAUCAGUCGCAAGCUCCGGCUCGUCCCAGCCACCCACCAACCGCUCCACCCCUCAGAGGCAACCACAGCAACAACAAUCCUACCCCGCCGCAGCAGCCUCCGCGGCCCUGCAGUACGCCUCCGAACGCCUCAACUGGUCCGCCUCUCCAUCCACAAUCCUCCGCUCCACCCAAUCAAGCUCAUCCCUAAACCGAACCAACACCGGCAACGACCUGGACCGGAACGGUGGGGCUGACAACCCGCCUCCGCCCGCCGCCCCGCUCCCAAACAAGCGGGAGGAAAUGUGGCGGCGACGGUGGGAGCGUGCACAGGAACUCCUCGAGCAGCGCGGCGUGGUACUGGGGAGCUGGCGCGUCGGCCGCGAUGCGCAGGAGGUCAGCGUAUGGUUGGUGGAGGAGGCGAUUAAGGAGAUGAAGAACAAGGGUUAGUCAGUUUGGCAGGUUACUUGAGAUAGAUGAUACCCUUCCACCCCGAUGGUCCUUCGGUGGUUUGCUCACGAUAUACGCUUGGAGUAUAUUAGAUGAAUGGUUGAAUGUAUACCAUACCAUAUCAUACCCUAUCG